UUGUUCCAUUUCCACUUCCACAUAACAGAAUUUGAGUUGUCAAAAUCCAAAUCGCCAUUUAAAAAGAAAAUAUUUCUGACUCAGAUUUAUUUUGCUCUCAGUCCCUCAAAGCUCAAAUUGAUUUUAAACUUCUGUGAAAGCAGCCAAGAUAGAACCACGGUUCACAUUAAAAAUUAAAAAAAAGUGUAUUCCAAUUGGAAACUACCAAUAAAUUUCUCAAAAUGAGUCUUGUCUGGACUUUGAUCGCCUCCUUUUUGUAUGCAGAAAUUGCAGUUGUCCUCUUAUUGGUUCUGCCAGUUGCAUCUCCAUACAGAUGGCAAAAAUUCUUCAAAUCACGAUUCCUAGCAAUGCUGGGAAAACAAGCACACACUUAUUUCUUCCUUCUUUUGGGUGUGCUUGUUCUAUUCCUUCUCGAAGCUAUUCGCGAGAUGCGUAAAUACUCAAACACCGAACCGGCUGGUGAAAUGCAUCUUAACGUUGAAAUGCAACACAGCAUGCGUUUGUUCAGAGCUCAGCGUAAUUUCUACAUUUCCGGAUUCGCCAUCUUCUUGGUCUUGGUUAUUCGUCGUUUGGUCACACUUAUUUCGGCUCAGGCAAGUCUUCUCGCUCAGAGCGAAGCCUCAUUGAAGCAAGCUCAAAGUGCCACAGCUGCAGCUAGAAACUUAAUGUCCAGCAAACCCGAUGAAAAGGCUAAGGAAGCUAAAGAGGCUGAACCUGACAACACCGUUACAGAGAUUACCGAUUUGAGAAAGCGCGUCCAGGAACUAACAUCAUCACUUAACAAAGAGAAAAAGGACAAGGAAGCCAUUAAGUCUCAAGCCGAGUCUCUGAAUAGGGAGUACGACCGACUGACAGAGGAGUACAGCAAACUGCAAAAGAAAGUCACAAUUUCUGGUGGAGAGAAGAACGACUAAGAGUCUUCAUCUUCUUCCAUUUGCUUUACUUUUCUAAUUUAAUUAAUAAUUCCCUUCGAAAAGACUUUCCUUUAUACACUUUGCACGCUUCUCUGUCUUGUUAACUAACAUUAUCAGAUCAGAUGCUGCUCUAACCCUUAAGUUUAGUUAUGAAUUACGAUAUAAAUGUAUUUUUCUACAGUUUCAGGUUAUAAUGGUAGAAUUGAUGAAAUAAUAAUUUUGUGUAUUUAUGUAUGUGUUAUUUGUUUAAAAAACAGUCCAAAACAUCAUGAAUAAAUUAAAGAAAAAAAAGUUAAGAAUUAAUAA